AUGCCAUGGGGGCUUAGGGGUGAGGAUGGUUCGGGUAAUCAAGAUGACUAUGCUUUGGCGCGUGUGGGAAAGAAACCUAUUCUCAAGCGACAAUUUGGUUUCAUGUCCAUUUUGGGGUUCAGUUGUACCAUUUUGGCAACAUGGGAGGGUAUCCUUUCGACAUUUACAAUGCCAUUUGAAAAUGGAGGUCCUGCCGGCACGAUUUACAGUUUCAUUAUAGUCUGGGCCGGCAUAUGUGCGACAUUCAUCACCAUGUCCGAGCUCGUUUCGAUGGCACCGACUUCUGGUGGACAGUACCACUGGGUUUCCAUGUUAUCCCCGCCAUCCUGUCAAAAGUAUAUGAGUUUUGUGACUGGCUGGCUUAUUGUCAUCGGCUGGUUGGGCGCCUUUGCCUCGUCCGCAUACCUGAGUUCUUCGCAGAUCCAGGGCUUGAUCGUCCUCGAUCACAGUUCCUACGUCGCCCAGCCCUGGCAUACCCUCCUCCUCUACUGGGCCGUCACAGCUUUUACCGUGUUCGUGAACGUGUUCGCCAGCAGUCUCUUGCCGAAAUUUGAAGGCCUUGUUCUUGUGAUUCAUAUCAUUGGAUUCUUCGCCAUCUUGAUCCCGCUCGUCUACCUCGGUGAACGCAACUCGGCCAAAGAAGUCUUCACCACAUUCUCCAAUGGUGGUGGCUGGCAGACAGAGGGCUUGUCAUUCUUAAUCGGAAUGACCGGGAACAUGUUCGCAUUUACCGGCGCCGACGCAGCUGUACACAUGAGCGAAGAAAUUCAAAACUCAGCCGUAGUAGUGCCCAUCUGCAUCAUGACUACAGUUGUCCUCAACGGCCUGCUCGGUCUCGGAAUGAUCAUGGCCGCCCUCUUCACCAUGACAGACGUCGAAGCCGCUCUCAACUCUUCCACCGGGUACCCCUUUAUGGAGAUAUUCCUGAGCGCCACCAAAUCCGUCCCCGGAAGUACGGUCAUGUCCGCCCUUAUCCCGAUUCUGGUCGUUGCAACCGCCGUCGGGUGUCUGGCUUCGUCUUCUCGGAUGGUUUGGUCUUUUGCUCGUGACCGUGGUAUGCCUGGAUCAUCGUGGUUGAGCAAGGUGAGCUCUCAAGCGGUUCCUCAGUAUGCCAUCUCCGUCGUAACGGGGGUUGGCGCUCUCCUCGGCCUGAUCAUUCUCGGUUCAUCCGCUGUCCUCAACGACGUGGUCUCUCUCACUGUCAGCGCCCUUUAUGGCUCAUAUUUACUCUGCGCGGCACUAUUCCUCUACAAUCGCCUGAUGGGUAACAUCAGCUCGCCAGCCGAUCCCUCUUCAGACUCCGAUGUGGUUGUCAACACUCCCGGUGCACCUCUCGUCUGGGGCCCCUUCCGCCUACCCCCAGUCCUGGGUGUCAUCUGUAACGUCUGCGCAGUUGUCUAUUUAACCGUGGGAAUCUUCUUCAGUUUCUGGCCUAGCGACCGACAGACUACCAGCGAGGCCAUGAACUAUGCCGUCGUGGGCACGGCUGGUACACUUAUUCUUAGCACUAUCUACUAUUUCCUGUAUGCCAAACGAGUGUAUACAGGACCAGUCGUGGAAAUCGACCGAACUUGA